UAUAAAUAGCUACUUCCAGGCCUUUCCACUGCAUUUGGGCAACUAACUUGUAAGCGUGAGCAUUACACAGUAGGCUGCAGUUGUUUCUGUUGGGGCUUUGCCCAAAGCUUUACAAUGAACAAACCUAAAAUUGCGAGACCAGAGGAGAGCCAGCCAGCACAUGCACUGUGGUUUGACAGGAAAAGAUAUGUCACCAUUAACUUCAAGGUGCAGAAACCUAAAGAUGUCCAAGUGGACAUUCAGACGGACAAAAUGAUCUUGUGCUGCAAGAAUGACACAGAUGAUGUGAUCUACAAUGAACUGCACUUCUAUGAAAAAGUCCAAAUCCAUGACUCCAGAGAAAGAGUGUAUGACCGCACCAUCAAUGUAUUGCUGAGGAAAAUAAAGCCCGAUUAUGCGUGGCCUCGUCUUCAGAAAGAUCAAGAAAGACCUAGUUGGAUUUCUGUGGACUUUGACAACUGGAGGGAUUGGGAGAAUGAAGAAGAAGAUGGAAGGGAGGAGUAUGAAAAAUAUGUGGACAUGAUCCAAGAUAUGGCCGCCGGUAACAAAGGAGCAACACCAGACAUGGGGGAUCUUAGUGACUCUGACUGAGACUCACAGAGCCAUCCAUGUGUUGGAAAACGCCGCUCGAUAUGACUUUGUGCAGGAUACAGAGAAUAAUGCUGUUUAACGCUUAUUGUUUUUGAACUAAAAUUGUGAAUUUUUUAAUGUUAUGGUUCAUUGGUUGAUUAUUUUUCUUUAAACACUAAUAUAUCGUUGUCGAUUUGUUUUGUAUUCAAAAUACUGGUCUGUUGGUGGGAAACCACCUCUCUUGAGUUUAUUGUUGAGGGUACUGAGGUUUGUUUUGAACUAUCCAAAAAUGUAUUUUUUUUCAUUAUUUAUUAAAUGAUUACAGUUAUUUGUAUAAAAUACUGUUAUAUCACUGUCAAAUACAAUA